UGGCUAGUGUGACUUAUCUGUGACAAUGUGUUCAAAUCCUACAGAACUCCCUGUAAUUUAAUUUGUUAUUUCACAUCACUGACUCAGGUCAGUUAAUAUUUAAACUAUACUUCUAAGUCAUAUCUUGAAAACCCAGUUAUCCUGGAGUUAUGUGUACUAUGUAUUCCUCUCAAUAUAAAGCCAUCGUGAAAAACACAAUGUUAAAAAUGUAUCUAAUUAUAAACAAAUUGACUUUCCAGCUGAUGAACAAUACAUCUCUAACUUAAAAUUUGCAUACAAAACUGGUUACUCUAUAAUGCUAUUUAAUUUCUUGUUAGCAAAAACAUUUCAGUAAUAAAUCUCACAGGGUAGUUCUGUUCUUACUGUUUAAAGCUACCUUCAAAGUACAGUAUUUGGCAAAGUUGAACACACCAAACUUUUAACAGCUGCUAAGCAGUAAAGCAUGUCAUGUAAUCGUAAUUUAUUUACUUCAUGUUUGUUUCCGGGCCCCUGGUGGCGGUUUGGUGGUACAGUACUAAGGAUUCGAGCUAGUCUCGAGUGAUUUCAUCAUUUAAUUUUAAUUGUUUGUAGAGUUGUUUGCCAUUUUUUAAAUUUUGCUUCCUGUAAACCUUGCAGUUGUAAGUUUUCAGCACCUCUGUGAGGGGAGGCCAGGUUCUGGUUUUGGUCCCUGGUAGGCUAAUGAACUCCUGCAACUGAUGUGACUUGGUAGACAGGAGCACUCUCAGCAAGAUAGCUUCAAGGAGCCACAAAGGAGCUCAUCACACAAAAAAAAAAGUGGUUGCGUGAGAAAGAAGAGUUAUGUGACGUUGUGGUCGUAGGUAGUGAUGGUCAACACACCGCUGCACAUAGUUGCGUGCUUGCUGCUCACUCGACUGUCAUAGCUGGCGUUCUGCAGGGACGUCUAGCAGCACAGCGUGAUUGGUCUGUCUUACGUCCCCUUGUUAUUUCCCUAGAUGAUGUCAACCUGAAACCUUCCAUGCCACAGGAAGGUGGCAUACCAGAGGUGAACAUGAUGGAGGCAUUGGUAGGCCUAUUAUAUGGGGAAAUAGUUCAUGUGCCAGCAGUAUACCUAGCCACCCUCAGUCACUAUGCUCACAUGCUUGGCCUGUCUCAUCAAGUCUGUGCUUGUUUGGAAAUGAGAAAGGCAGAAAACUCAAUACAGUUAACAGAAAAUAAUACUAGUAAUCAGAAAAAUGCCACUAGAAAAAAACAUAACAGAAAACCCAUCUUGAUUAAAAGUUUUGACCAAAGAAAAGUGAGUGACGUGAAGCAAGUGGAACAAGUGAGUGAAGUUAAUCUAACAAGUGAAGCUGUGCAAAAUCCAUUACCAGUCUCUUUACAAAGCAAACAGUCAAUGGACUAUUCCUUAUCUGAUACUUUGGGAGUGAAAGUUGACUGUGAAAAUAGCAUACUGGAAUUGUCUAUGCUAUGUAGUGAUGUUCCUGAUAUGAAUGUUUCUACAAACAGCAACUGGGCUCCUGUUCCAGUUAGGGAGGAACUUCUAAAUUAUGAACACCAGUCAGAUUCACAAAUUCAAGAUUCCAAUACAAAUGCAUGUAGCUUUGAGAAUUCUCCAUCCUUGGAAGUGAUAAGAGAUAUUACCAUAGAGACACCUAUGGAACCGCUGAAUAUUAAAAUGGAAAGCAUUAGUAAUGCUGAUGUUGAAAAUGAUGGAAAUAUACAUAGUACAAAUGUUGGAACAAGUGAUAUUUUAAGUUUAGUUGUCAAUGCAGAGCAAGAGGUUAGUGUGUUUUGUAGCGAUACUCAGCAGUUACAGCAUCAAAAAAAGCAACAGAAGCAGAAGUCAAUUGGGAAGGGACUUGUUUGUGCAGUGUGCGGGUCAUCUUUCCAGCGAUGUGGAGAUCUAGUGAAGCAUGUACAGCACAUGCAGCACUUUACAUCACAAUGUCCACUCUGCUUUGUUCAAAUACGAGAACCAGAAGGACAGCGACUUCAUUUUGCUCUUCAUGACCAGGAGCUGCCAUUCUUUUGCAUGUACUGUGAGUUAAGGUUUCGAACUCGGGCUGCCUUAACUAUGCACACUCCAAAGCAUUCUACUACUAAACCGUUUGUUUGUAGUGAAUGUGGGAGAGGAUUCAAAUGGCGCCAUGCCCUCCAAGCUCACUUGUACACACACAGUCCCACGAGCCGUGUGCUGUGUGAUAUAUGUGGGUUUUCUUCCAAGUACGUGAGCAGCUUCAAAGCUCACUUGGUGCAGCAUUCUGGUCGAGCAUUUCCUUGUCCUCACCCAGGAUGUGCCUUCACGUCUAACCGCAAGACUCAUCUCAACGACCAUCUUGCUACACAUUCAAAGACAAGGGUGCAUCAGUGUGAAGUGUGCGGUCACUCUUUCUCCCAUGCAAAGAAUAUGCGGCGUCAUAUGCGACUUCAUGCACCCCCUUCCAACCGACUGACAUGCACAGUAAUAUCCAAACUGCAGUGUAACUUCAGAACUACAAGGCCUGACAAGCUUCGAGACCAUCUUACAAAGAAACACAACCUUAGUCGCCAUUCUGUUCCUUCAGAUCCUCUUGCUAAAGUGUUAGGUACAUCAUCAUCUACUGUGGCAAAUAGUGAUGAUGGUUUAUUUCAAAAUCAAUCUUUAGGUACAUUGCCAGGCAUUGAUGGCAUAAAGUCAAAAAAUGAAACUGAAUUUACAUCCAUUGUUCAAGAACCAACUACAAAUACACUAAACUUAAAUAGAUUACACCAUAAAUCAGGAACAUCUAAGAGAAUAUCUAAUGUUACUGUUGAAAAGGAAAAAAAUGUUCAGGUUACCAAUCAGGUAUGUGACUCUCAGCUUGGGGGUCACAGUGAUGUGUGCAGUGAACAGGAAACCUUUUCAGUGCUUGUUACAUCACCAGACAUUGUGCAGCUGGCCGAUAUUCAGACAUUAGAAAAUCAUGCACAGCAAUCAGUAAAGCAACAGACUGUUACAGAACUUGCAGAUAGUUUUCCCUCAAGGUUCUUGGUGGAACAUGGUAUUUUAUUAGGCAAGUCGGACUCAUCUGUUAUGAACGAGUCACAACAGCUAGAAAGUGGAAAUAUGUCCUCUCUUCAAAAUAAUCUUAUUACUCCAUCAGAUCAUAAAUUAAGGUUGUCAGUUAAUGGUUCAAUUCAGAACCAAGGUAAUCUAGACUUAGUCACCAGUACCCACGUUGAAACAAUGUCCUACUCUAAUAAUUGUGCUUUCUCAAGGUCAGAAGAGAGCGUUCUAGAGGUUAUGGCACCUUCCGGGGAUAUACCGGGAGCUGCUACUACAAAUCAAUCAGGUAUGAGCUUGAUGGCUCAAGAGACUUUACAAAAGAAAUCAAUUAAACAAGAGCAUUGCAUGGAAUCCCUGAACAUAUUAGAAUUUAUGUUAGAUAAUGUCACAGACUAAUUUAACACACACAAUAGAAUCCAAUAGGCUCAGGAAUCUGUACACCAGUUGAUUGACAGUUGAGAGGCGGGACCAAAGAUUCAAAGCUUAACCUCUGAGUACAACUAAGCAAGUACACAUAGUUCCUAUCUACAAGAGAGGCAGCAGGCUACACUUUGGUAAUUACACAUGCAUGCAUUCAUGAGGGGUCAAUUUUUGUGUCAAAGCAGAAACAUUUGGGCAACAUUUCCUGCUGCCUUUGUUCACCUAGCAGUAAAUAGGUAACUGGGACUUAGCUGCUGUUGGGUUUGUUUAGUGUAUAUGAGGAGAAAAUAGGUUGGGAAUCAUUACAUUAGAUAACCGACAGCUGGAAAGGCUGGUCCUACGGUUAACGUCUCUAUCCAGGAGAGACAAUUAAAAUCAUCUUUGACACCACAAUUACAACUACCAUGUAGCAGGGCAACACAAGUCCAGAGAGGAAAAAAUGGAAGCAGUAUAGGAAAAAAAUUGGUUAGGAAAGUAAUCCUAAUUAAAGAGGGAUUUUCACUUUCACUAUUGGUUCUUGUGUAGUUAUUUAACUUUUGUAAAUUUACAUAUGACAGUUUCCUACCCCAUUUUGGAUCAGAGUUGGGGUGUAUUUCUCCCAAAAUAGUGGUACGUCAACCAAACUGUGAUAUUGAGAAUAAAAUUCAUAUGGCAUAACAUCAAAAUAUGCAUUUAUGAAGUCUCUCUAGCAGGCAAAACAUGCUCGAGUAAUGUUUAAUAAACAAUGGAUCAAUGUUUUCAACAUUUGUUACACUGUCAUUUUCCUAGAUUUGUCGAAAGGAGAGGGGGGGGGGGGGUUAUGUCAACAUAGUAGUUUGUCAGUGUAUGAAAAUCACAAAUUUUUACUUUGUGUAUACAGUAUAGCUCAUGAAAAUUUAUACAUGUAACAUUUGACUACGAUGUAUCCAUCUACUAUAAGAAAAAUAAAAGAUUGUAUUUACCCAAAUUAAUUUUGUAGUUCUUAAAACCUUUGCUGUUUUGUUAAGAGGUGGAAGUGGUAUUAGAAGGUACUUUGCUGUUUUAUUUACAUUGUCUUUUUAGUGUUUUUAAUAAAGGAUUGGUGUACAAAUAUAUAUAUAGUACAGGUAUAGCAAAAAUUAAAUAGAUUAUAAGACCCACAUGUAUUAUAUUGUCUUCAUAAUUUUUGAAAAUAUUUACCAUUUUCAUUCCCGCUUCAAGUUAUGCCUUGUCGUGGUGAGGGGUGCUCCCAAGGGUCAGGGGAUUUCUUCGGCCUCCUCUCUGGGUGUUGUAUGUGCAACCCCAUAGUUUAAAUCUAUGACCUCUUGUUCUUGAAGUUCCAGGUCUCAGGAAUUUAUUCCUAUCAAUUUUGUCGAUUCCCGUUACUAUUUCGUAUGUACAGUACUGUAGUUAUCACAUUGCCUCUUCUUCUAUCUUUUAGUUUUGGCAUAUUUAAUGCCUCUAACUUAUGUGCUUCUUAAAAUACAAGCACCAUACAAUUGCUACUUAUUCCAGCUUUGGUCUAACAAAAGUUAUGAACAAUUUCUUCAGUAUUUUGCCAUCCAUGUCAACAUUGCUUCUUGAGGCAAUUCUGAAGUUGGAAAGCAUAGCAUAGGAUCCUUGCACAACGUUCUUUAUGUGGUCCUUGGGCGAGUUUUGUGUCUAGAACCACCUCUAGAUCUUUCUCUUUAUCAGAAUUCUUUAAAGAUUUCUCACAUAUUUUAUAGGUUGUGUGGGGAUCUAUGCUCUCCUAUUCCACUUUCCAUAACAUGACAAUUAUUCACAUUAAAUUCCAUUUGCCAUGUGGUGCUCCACACACUUAUUUUGUCCAGUUUUUCUUGAAGGGCAAGACAAUCAUCCAAGUUUCUCAUCUUCCCUAUUAUCUUGGCAUCAUCGCAAACAUGUUCAUGUAAUUCUGCAUUCCAUCUGGUAGAUCAUUUAUGUAGACAAUGAACGUGCAUUGGGUAUUAUGUUUCCAGAUUUGAAUCGGUACAAUUCAGCCUGUUUACUUUUUAAAUAUAUACAAAUUUUAAUACUGUAUUAUUGAAUCUAAAAAAAGAAGAAAAAAAAAGAAAUAUAACAUUAAUUUAUUAGUGAUGUAAAACUAAUAUUUUCCUGCACAAUCAACCAUCACCCACAAGUUAUGCUCUUUCCCUUUCUCCCAUCUAAUUGCAGAAGUGCCGGAGCAGUGCUCCAGCGAGCUCUGGCAGCACUGCAUGCAAUGACUCACAAUGGCUUGGUGUAACUCGAUGUGUGUGGUGCUAACCAGGUGGCUAGCAACAGGAAGCCACUGUGGAGCUCAAAAAAGUGCAUUUUUUGUUUCCAGAUUUAACAAAUCAGAAUUUUGGAGGUGCUUCUGAGAAUAAGAUGGACACUGCAAUAAAUACCUUUACCUCAAGAUUUCUAGUCUACCAUAAAUAAUCUAGCCCGCAUAUUAACCUUCAAUUAUAACCAUUUUUCCUGCUUAAUGGGCAGUUUUUUGGCUGUUACUGUAUUUUCCAUUUUUAUCAUGCCUUUUGAUGUAACUUUCAAUACUGUAGUUUAAAAGUUGAACCAGUCUACAUAUAUUCUGCUGCCCAAUACUUGCAUACCCAUUAUAUUAUGAAUGCAUCUAAUCAUUUAUUUGAACCAUAUGCACAUUUUAAUUUUGUAUUAAAUUUUAAAACUAAUUGUCCCCAUGCUGAAAGCAGUAUUUUUGACAUUCAAGCCAGGAAGUGCACAUAUCCUUAUUACCACCAUUAUAAUUUUAUCCUAACACUAUUUACUCUAUUCUACCACUUGUCACAAUCCUCAUCACUUGCUCUGCAAUGUACACUACUCUGUGCAAUUCAUAUCUUGCCCCCUCCCCAUAUACCCCUGGUCACACUUCUUUCUCUGAUGUACAUUAGUUAUUGGCUACAAGUUCAUCUCAAAAGGUGUCCUUAAUUAAGGUCUGAAUAUACCAUUACAAAUGCAUAUAUACAAAAUUAACAAAUAUGUACAUAUUUGUACAUUAUUUGGGCUUGGGGAGUAGAACUCCUCCCAGAACCCCAUCAACCAGGUAUCAACUUCCAUUUUAAUUUGAUUACACUAUUCUAGAUGUAAAUUAACAUGGUAGAGUCUUAAUGUAUUAUUGAUUCUCUUGGCUCCUGGAGAUAUCACAGCACUCAGGCUACCUCAGGGUUAUAAAAGAACCAUUUAUUUUAAUGUCAAAGUGUGUGCAGGAAUGACUAAAUUAUGUUCACAACAAAUCUGUAGCUUUAUUUACACAAUCUGCUGUUAAAUACAAUGGAGAAUCAUAAAACAUAACAAAAAUGCAUGGUAAACCUAUCAAAAUAAAUUAAAACUAUAUUAGUGAAUUAAAUUAUUUUAAUAAAAGUAUUUGAUGCUCUUAUAUUUCUUUGAAAUUCUUUUCAUCAGGCCAUACUACUAAAUAUAAAGGGCUGCUUAUACAUAUUAUCCAGCAGCCAACAUCAAGAUGGAUAUAGGAAAGAAAUAUAACUAGUGACAAAGUUAAAACACGUGGCAUACUAU